ACUAAGCUACUGAAACGAAAUUUUUUUUCUCUUAAUAUUGAGGUGGAGCAAAAUCUAGAUCUAGACUAGACUAAUAAAUCCUAGAUUAGACCAACUAGAUUCUAGAUUAGUAGAGAGUUUAGUUGAUCUAGAUUCUAGACUAAUACAGAUCUAUGCCAUGAUCGUAUCCAUCGACCAUUUAUAAAUAUUACACCAGCGGAAAUUACUAAAACAUUAAUUAAAAUAAUUAGAUUGGAUGAUUGGAUAGAAUCAUAACAUUAACUGAUGAUUAACAAUAACAGUCAACAGAACGAGAAGUAGAAGACUAAGUGAUGAGCAAUGGCACCAAUACCAGAAAAAAAUCAAGACAAGCCAUCAGAUACAGAUAAUGAUGAGUCUGAAAUCAAUAGCUUUUCAAAUGCUAACCAGAUCUUCUCUGGAGUUUCUGGGUCAAGUGAUGAUGAAGAUAACUAUGAUGAAAGUGCAUUAGGUGGUUACACAUUACUACCACAAGAUCCUGAAGAUGAUGAAGAUGAAGCUGAUGAUCACUUGAUGAAUGCAGAUAAUGAUUCUGAGAAAAACAAAGAGUUGUUAACUUUGGACAAUUUGGAUUGCAGCUCCCAGCCAGAAGCUUCACUGGAUUUAGAAAGGGGUGCUUCUGCUUCCAGAGUGAUAGAAACAAACGAAUCCUAUCAUCCAGCAUUUCUGGCCAAAUUCCCAGAUGGGAAAGUUCCUUCAUAUCUACAGGUGUUGUCUGUUUCUAAAGAGAAAGAAAAACAUUUGUGGAACCAAAAACCUCAAAAUGCAAGUAGACUAUCAUUGGAUUCUGUUCAAGAAUCAAAGAUACUUGGUGCAAUGUCUGGAUUUUCAUUACCCAAAGAAAGCAUCCCUGAUUGGGCAAAGGAUUUGACCGAUGACCAAUGGAACUGUCAGAUACUUAAGCACCUAAAGGUGAGUGGCAAAUCAGCAGAAAAAAAUCUAACAGAUGUGCAAAAGCAAGAACAAGAAGACUUAUCUACUGCUGGUUUACCUUGGGUUGCAGAGUUUUUAGAAACAGAAAAAGGAAAUGACUCAUCUCUGUGAUAUUUCAUAUUGGGAACAUAAUCAUUCUUAACUCUUUCUCUCCGUAAUUAUUUACCACAUUCUGGUGGAAUCAAUGUUGGUUUCGUCAGUUAGGAGAGAAAAGAGUUAAAUCUAAUUCAAAAGUGCUGAAUAAAAAUUAAGUGAAUAUUGUUUUAUUUUAUCUUUUGUCAUUUAUUUAAGAGCUCAAGGAAGAUGUACAAUAAUAUACUGAACUUCUAAAGUCAACAAUUGUAUAUGAACUAGUAAUUCAGUUUUUAUAAAAUGCAUGUACUGUAUCAUAAAGUUACUGGUUUCUUUCAAAAAAUGAUAUUUUAAAUGGUUUAAACUGCAUAUAUUUUGAAAGAUUUAUAUUAUAAACAUUUUAAAAUAAUUGAUGUUCAUUUCUGUUUCAUUGAUCAGGUUGAAUGUAGAAUGUAUCACCUACACUUUGGUGCAUAACUGUUUAUGGAAAGGUGGAAAUGAAUGUCUGCAUUUACUUGUCAAACUAUUUGUAUUAUUAUAGUUCAGCAAGUAAUUGUGUUUUUUUUUUUUUUAUUAUUUUUUGGAAACUAUCAGUAUUGUAUGUAAUUUUGUAAAAAAAAACAAACAAUAAAAACGAAACAAUUAAACAAGGGUUGUAUUGUACUUUUAUAUUUUUCUGACGUAAUUCUUCUAAUUUUUUGUUUAUUUUUUUUUUCAUACAUGCUGACACCAAUCUAAGAUUUAAGGGAUAACAAUAUUUUAAUGUUAUUUCCUUUUACCUAGAACAAUUUGUUCCCAUGAGAUGAUCCACAGUCACUUCAUGACUGAAGGGGGACAUACAAAAAACAAGCCAAAUAUAAAAAUUCUAAAAAAAAAAAAAAAAAAAGCAAA